GCCGCACUGGUUAACCAAGAAGGAGACAAGAAUGGACGCGAGGAUGAGAAGACACGCGGCGCAAGGCAGACCGGAGAGAACCAGACUGCGGACAGAGCCGCCACCGAAGCACCAAUCGCAGCAGCUGGAGGGGAGAAAGGUUUCGGUGGUGUAUUACCUCUCCAGGAGUCACCACCUCGAGCACCCGCACUUCCUGGAGGUCCCGCUCUCCUCCCCUGCGGGGCUCUACCUCAGAGAUGUGGUCGACAGGCUCGAUGUGCUGCGAGGGAAGGGGAUGGCGGCCAUGUACUCCUGGUCUUGCAAGAGGAGCUACAAGAACGGAUUCGUGUGGCAGGACCUUUCCGAGGGCGAUCUGAUCCUGCCGGAGCAGGGCGAUGAGUAUGUUCUCAAGGGUUCGGAGCUCUUGGAUCGAACCCCUCCAGAUCGGAACCAUCACGGUACCACCAAUGUCAAGAUCCAGAACCUGAAACACCCUCUACAACAGCCACCUCACAAAGGCGAAGAAGCUUCCCCUUCUUCAUCCACAACAGCCGUUGUUCUUAAGGAGGCAAAGCAUCCCCUGAGGCAACAACCACCACCACCUCCUCCUCCUCCAGCGCCUGGUUUUAUAACCGCCCCAUCGGCGGAAACCAGGAUCCGCAAGCCCGAUGGAGCGCAGGAAGCUACAACUCAAAUCGACAACGGAGAAGAAAGGAGAAAUCGUGGAUUGAUGUGUUCGAAGGAGGACCCAAAUAUCGUUAAAGUAGGGAGUUCACAGCCACCAACAUCUUCAGGUCCUUCCUCUCCUUCAUGUGCAAAGAUGAGUACACUGCAAUCCCUGAUAAGAGCAGAACUAAGCAGAAGGAACGGCUAUAGGAAUUUGGAAGGAGAGGAUGUUUACCUCCCAACCGGAUCAAAAUUGAAAGCCGCAAACAUGAUCAUGCACCUGAUUACUUGUGGAUCAAUCUCUGUGAAAGACCACUACCGCUUUGGAUCUGUUUGCCAACUCAAGGUUUCCAGGGGACACCAACUGUUUGCUAGAGAGCCAAAGAGAAAUGUGCUAAGGGAUGAAAAAGAAGGAACAUCUCAGCGUGAGCUUCACUGAAACAAACAAAGAACACAGGUAGCAUCUGUCGCAUGCAAAAAUAAGUCAAUCUACAAAACAUCAAUACUAUGCUGAUAUGAUAAUAUCAUAAAAUGCAUAAUGUCUCUCAUUUCACUAUUCGGAUCUGAACAUUUUUUAAGUGCUGAUAAGUGCAAUUU